GUGGAGAGCGCAGCGCGGGGCAGGCGCGCUCUGCGGGACCUGGGCUCCGCGGCAGGGAUCAGUGCAGCUGCGGCUGCAGAGGCACAGAGGGAGGACGCCGCGGUGCUCACCAAGCCUGAAGGAUUAUGGAAGCACCUGUCAUUACAGAAGGCUGAAGUCAAGUGUCAGUGAGGGCAGACAGACAAGACAGCAAGGAACUUGCACUGACAUGCUUUGAAUGUACCCUUCAAGCUCUACGAACAAGAUCAGCCUUGAGUGAAAUUUGACAGAAGAUGUUCCCACAGUGGGCUCUAUGGAAGAGUUUACCCCAUGGGAUCAUCAUUGCCUCACUCUUGGCAGUCAGCUGGGGCCAGUAUGAUGAUGACUGGCAAUAUGAGGAUUGCAAACUAGCUAGGGGAGGCCCACCAGCAACAAUCGUGGCCAUUGAUGAAGAGAGCCGGAAUGGUACAAUUCUGGUGGACAACAUGCUGAUUAAGGGGACUGCUGGAGGACCAGACCCCACCAUAGAGCUCUCUUUAAAGGACAACGUGGACUACUGGGUGUUGUUGGACCCUGUUAAACAGAUGCUUUUCCUGAACAGUACCGGAAGAGUUCUGGACAGAGACCCACCAAUGAACAUACACUCCAUCGUGGUGCAAGUCCAGUGUGUCAACAAGAAGGUUGGCACAGUUAUCUAUCACGAAGUACGCAUUGUGGUGCGGGACAGGAAUGACAACUCACCCACAUUCAAGCACGAAAGCUACUAUGCCACAGUGAAUGAGCUCACUCCAGUUGGCACCACAAUAUUCACGGGGUUUUCAGGAGACAAUGGAGCUACAGACAUCGAUGAUGGCCCAAAUGGACAGAUAGAGUAUGUCAUUCAGUACAACCCAGAAGAUCCGACGUCCAACGACACCUUUGAAAUCCCACUCAUGCUAACCGGAAAUGUGGUGCUGAGGAAGCGACUCAACUAUGAGGACAAGACUCGCUACUACGUCAUCAUCCAAGCUAACGACCGUGCCCAGAAUCUGAAUGAGAGGCGAACAACCACCACUACACUCACGGUGGACAUUCUAGAUGGAGAUGACCUAGGACCAAUGUUUCUGCCCUGUGUCCUUGUGCCAAACACCCGUGACUGCCGUCCACUCACCUACCAAGCUGCCAUUCCUGAACUGAGGACUCCGGAAGAACUGAACCCCAUUUUGGUGACCCCACCUAUCCAAGCCAUUGAUCAGGACCGAAACAUCCAGCCACCAUCAGAUCGACCCGGCAUCCUCUACUCCAUCCUUGUCGGCACCCCUGAGGACUACCCCCGCUUCUUCCACAUGCAUCCCAGGACUGCCGAGCUCACUCUUCUGGAGCCAGUCAACAGAGACUUCCAUCAGAAAUUCGAUUUGGUUAUUAAGGCUGAGCAGGACAAUGGCCACCCGCUUCCCGCCUUUGCUAGUCUACACAUCGAAAUACUGGAUGAAAACAAUCAGAGCCCAUAUUUCACAAUGCCCAGCUAUCAAGGGUACAUCCUGGAAUCUGCACCAGUGGGCGCCACCAUUUCUGAGAGCGUAAACCUAACCACUCCUCUGAGAAUUGUAGCUCUGGACAAAGACAUAGAAGAUGUGCCACCUGGUGGAGUUCCUACAAAAGAUCCAGAACUGCAUCUUUUCCUGAACGAUUAUACCUCAGUCUUCACUGUUACCCCCACCGGCAUCACCCGCUACCUGACCCUCCUUCAGCCCGUGGACAGGGAGGAACAGCAAACAUAUACCUUUCUGAUAACAGCAUUUGAUGGUGUACAAGAAAGUGAACCAGUUGUGGUCAAUAUCCGAGUGAUGGACGCAAAUGAUAACACACCAACCUUCCCCGAAAUCUCCUAUGACGUCUAUGUUUACACAGACAUGCGUCCUGGGGACAGUGUCAUUCAGCUGACGGCAGUAGACGCUGAUGAAGGCUCUAAUGGGGAGAUCUCUUAUGAAAUUCUGGUGGGCGCCCAGGGAGACUUCGUCAUCAACAGGACCACGGGGCUGGUGAGCAUUGCACCAGGAGUGGAGCUGAUCGUGGGCCGGACUUACGCACUGACAGUGCAGGCCUCGGACAACGCCCCACCUGCAGAGAGAAGGCACUCCAUCUGCACGGUGUACAUCGAGGUGCUGCCUCCCAACAACCAGAGCCCUCCCCGCUUCCCGCAGCUGAUGUACAGCCUGGAAGUCAGCGAAGCCAUGAGGAUCGGCGCUGUUUUAUUAAAUCUACAGGCAACUGAUCGAGAGGGAGACCCAAUCACAUAUGCCAUCGAGAAUGGAGACCCUCAGCGAGUUUUUAAUCUCUCAGAAACCACGGGGAUUCUCACGCUAGGGAAGGCGCUAGACAGGGAGAGUACAGACCGCUACAUCCUCAUAGUCACAGCCUCAGACGGGAGACCCGAUGGGACCUCUACUGCCACUGUGAACGUGGUGGUGACAGAUGUCAAUGACAACGCUCCUGUGUUUGAUCCCUAUCUGCCCAGGAACCUCUCCGUGCUGGAGGAGGAAGCCAAUGCCUUUGUGGGACAAGUGAGGGCAACAGAUCCAGAUGCUGGGAUAAAUGGCCAAGUGCACUACAGCCUGGGUAACUUCAACAACCUCUUCCGCAUCACGUCCAAUGGGAGCAUUUACACAGCCGUGAAGCUGAACAGGGAAGUCAGGGACCACUAUGAACUGGUUGUUGUGGCAACGGAUGGAGCCGUGCACCCUCGCCAUUCAACGCUGACAUUGUACAUCAAGGUGUUAGACAUUGAUGAUAAUAGUCCUGUUUUUACCAAUUCAACAUACACAGUCGUGGUUGAAGAGAAUCUUCCAGCUGGGACCACCUUCCUGCAAAUAGAGGCCAAGGAUGUUGAUCUUGGAGCAAAUGUGUCAUAUCGGAUCAGAAGCCCUGAGGUGAAGCACCUUUUUGCACUUCAUCCAUUUACUGGAGAAUUGUCCCUUUUGAGGAGUUUGGAUUAUGAGGCCUUUCCUGACCAGGAAGCCAGCAUCACAUUCUUGGUGGAGGCCUUUGAUAUUUAUGGAACAAUGCCACCUGGUAUAGCGACAGUCACGGUAAUUGUAAAGGACAUGAAUGACUACCCUCCAGUAUUUAGUAAACGUAUCUACAAGGGGAUGGUGGCUCCAGAUGCUGUCAAAGGGACACCAAUCACGACCGUGUAUGCUGAAGAUGCAGACCCUCCUGGUUUGCCUGCAAGUCGGGUGAGGUAUCGAGUGGAUGAUGUGCAGUUUCCGUACCCUGCCAGCAUUUUUGAUGUAGAAGAAGAUUCUGGAAGAGUAAUAACUCGUGUCAAUCUUAAUGAAGAGCCUACAACCAUUUUUAAGCUAGUGGUUGUGGCUUUUGAUGAUGGCGAGCCUGUGAUGUCCAGCAGUGCCACCGUGAGAAUUCUCGUCUUACAUCCUGGAGAGAUCCCCCGCUUCACCCAAGAGGAAUAUAGGCCUCCUCCUGUAAGCGAGCUUGCCACCAAAGGGACUGUAGUUGGUGUCAUUUCUGCCGCCGCUAUCAAUCAGAGCAUCGUGUACUCCAUUGUGGCAGGAAAUGAGGAAGAUAAGUUCGGAAUCAACAAUGUCACAGGGGUCAUCUAUGUAAAUGCACCACUGGAUUAUGAAACACGGACCAGCUAUGUGCUUCGGGUGCAAGCAGACUCUCUGGAAGUGGUCCUCGCCAAUCUCCGGGUUCCUUCAAAAAGCAACACAGCUAAAGUGUACAUCGAGAUUCAGGAUGAAAACGAUCACCCCCCAGUGUUUCAGAAGAAAUUCUACAUUGGCGGUGUGUCUGAGGAUGCAAGGAUGUUUGCCUCUGUGCUCAAAGUGAAGGCUACUGACAGGGACACCGGAAACUAUAGUGCCAUGGCCUACAGGCUCAUCAUACCGCCCAUUAAAGAGGGCAAAGAGGGAUUUGUGGUGGAAACAUACACUGGACUCAUCAAGACAGCCAUGCUCUUCCACAAUAUGAGGAGAUCCUACUUCAAGUUUCAAGUGAUCGCAACUGACGACUACGGGAAGGGGUUGAGCGGGAAAGCUGACGUGCUGGUGUCAGUGGUCAAUCAACUGGAUAUGCAGGUCAUUGUCUCCAAUGUACCACCUACGUUAGUGGAAAAGAAGAUAGAAGACCUCACAGAGAUUUUGGAUCGCUAUGUUCAGGAGCAAAUUCCUGGUGCCAAGGUUGUGGUAGAGUCCAUUGGUGCCCGUCGCCAUGGAGACGCCUUCUCCUUAGAAGACUAUAGCAAGUGCGAUCUGACUGUCUAUGCCAUCGACCCCCAGACCAACAGAGCCAUCGACAGAAAUGAGCUUUUUAAAUUCCUGGAUGGCAAACUGCUCGAUAUUAAUAAAGACUUUCAACCUUAUUACGGGGAAGGAGGACGCAUUCUGGAGAUCCGGACUCCUGAGGCAGUGACGAGCAUCAAGAAGCGAGGGGAAAGCUUAGGGUACACGGAAGGGGCCUUGCUGGCUUUGGCCUUCAUCAUCAUCCUCUGCUGCAUCCCGGCCAUCUUGGUUGUCUUAGUGAGCUACCGACAGUUUAAAGUACGCCAGGCUGAGUGCACCAAGACAGCAAGAAUCCAGUCUGCCAUGCCUGCAGCCAAGCCUGCAGCUCCGGUGCCUGCAGCACCACCACCACCACCACCUCCAGGGCCACAUCUCUAUGAGGAGCUGGGAGACAGCACCAUGCAUAAGUAUGAAAUGCCCCAGUAUGGAAGUCGCCGCCGACUGCUUCCGCCUGCUGGCCAAGAGGAGUACGGAGAAGUGAUGGGCGAAGCUGAAGAGGAGUACGAGGAGGAAGAGGAAGAGCCAGAGAAAGUUAAAAAACCCAGAGUUGAAAUUAGAGAACCUAGUGAGGAAGAGGUAGUGGUCACCGUUGAGAAGCCGCCAGCCGCUGAGCCCACAUACCCAACGUGGAAGAGAGCCAGGAUAUUUCCGAUGAUUUUUAAGAAAGUCCGAGGUCUCACUGAGAAAAGAGGCAUUGACCUUGAGGGUGAGGAGUGGCGGAGGCGCCUAGAGGAAGAAGACAAAGACUAUCUCCAACUAACUCUAGACCAGGAGGAAGCUACGGAAAGCACCGUGGAAUCAGAGGAGGAGUCGAGCGACUACACAGAAUACACAGAAACGGAGUCCGAGUUCAGUGAGUCCGAGACCACCGAAGAGUCUGAGUCGGAGACCCCGUCUGAGGAAGAGGAGGAGAGCUCGACCCCUGAGUCAGAGGAAUCCGAGUCCACUGAGUCCGAAGGAGAGAAAGCAAGGAAAAACAUCGUGCUAGCUAGAAGAAGGCCUGUGGUAGAGGAAGUCCAGGAAGUGAAACGCAAGAGAGAGGAGCCACGGGAAGAGCAGGAGGAAGAGCCUCCGGUAGAAGAACAGGCAGAAGAAGAAGAAAGUGAAGCAGCUCCUGUGGAUGAGUCCGCAGACCUGGAGGCUCAAGACGUCCUUGAGGAGGGCAGUGCAGAAUCAGCCUCGGUGGAGAGAGGCGCGGAAAGUGAAGAGGAGUCAGAGCUGAGCAGCAGCAGCACUGAAAGUCUCUCUGGAGGCCCAUGGGGCUUCCAGGUGCCAGAUUACGACAGAAGGGAGGAUGCAGACCCAAAGAAAUCUCCCGGGACAAACUCGGAAGGCUACAACACAGCCCUUUAG